UUCGCGACGGUUGAUCGUUCAAGAUCUGUUUUUCGUUUGUUUCAAGAUGCACAAUUUGUGAAAAUAGAAUUUUGUUUUUUUUUUCUUCUCUCUUUAAUGAAAAUUUACCCUUCCCGUAUUAUGUCACCGUCUUUGAAGUGAGGAAGACGAAAAUAUCAAGAAGUUUUGUUGUGGAUGAAAAUCAAGGUUAAUUCGAGCUUGGUGAGAUAAUUGCAAGUGAAAAAUGAAAUUUGCCACCCAUCACCGUCAUCGAUGGCACCUGCAGACCCUCGUCAUCGUUGUGACCUUCCUCGUGACGGUGGUUUUGGCCUCGCAGGAAUCGGCGCUGGAAAAGGCGCGCCUUCAUCGGGAAAAUAUGGUGCGAAAAUAUCUGAAAAAACUGAAGAAAGAGGAAGGUGCUAUUAAGCUGGUUGGUGGACGGGGAGAUUUUGAAGGCAACAUCGAAAUCUUCCACGACGGCCGAUGGGGUGCGAUCUGCGACGACGAGUGGGAUUCGACCGAGGCGGAAGUGGUCUGCCGGCAGCUGGGCUUUCCCGGCCACAUCAAGCCCACCCACAGUGGCCACUUUGGGAAGGCGAAGCGAAAGUUCUGGAUGGAUAAUCUGUUCUGCGCCGGGAAGGAGCGCGAGCUGGCCGAUUGUCACUUUGACGGAUGGGGCCACAGUGACUGCGAGCCGAGCGAGGCUGCCGGGGUGAUUUGUCAGGAUGAUCAACAAGAGGAGCAGGACGGGGAGGAGGAGAGCCUGACCGAAAAGCCAAUUCCGGAGCGCCUUAAGCCGAAAAUGGCACGCCUGGAGGCGGCCGAGGGGUUUGAGGUGCGGCUGGCCGGAGGCAGGAUACCGAACGAGGGACGAGUUGAGGUCCGCAGCGCCGGCAAGUCUUGGGGCUCGAUCUGCGCCGACGGGUGGUCCCUGCUGGAGGGUAACGUCGUCUGCCGGCAGCUGGGCUUGGGCUACGCCAACGACGCCAUCCAGACGGACUUUUUCGGCGGUUCCAACCGGUCCGAGAUCGUGCUCAGUGGAACCGAGUGCUACGGCAACGAGAGUAGCUUGGCCGAGUGCGCCCACCACGAGGUCACUUCGUGGGCUUCAUGCAGCGAGCGAGGGAGCCACGUGGCUGCGGUGACCUGCGUGGACAAGAUGGCCGACCUGGCGUUUGACCACGUGGAGAUGGAGCAGUCACUGCACCUGGAGGAUCGACUGAUGUACUUGCUGCAGUGUGCGAUGGAGGAGAAUUGUGUGGCGACGCAAGCUUACGAGAUUCAGCGGGAUAAUCCAAAUUGGCACCUGGAGACGCGGAGGCUGAUGAAGUUCACGGCCCGGGUGCUCAAUACGGGCACGGCCGACUUCCGGCCGCACAUACCGAAGCAUCUGUGGGAGUGGCAUUUGUGUCACAUGCACUACCACAGCAUGGAAGUGUUUGCGACGUUCGAUAUCUACGACCGUCACGGAAAAAAGGUUGCCGAGGGACAUAAAGCGUCCUUCUGUCUGGAGGACAACCAGUGCCUUCCCGGAACGGAACCAAAGUACGCGUGUGCCAACUACGGAGAUCAAGGAAUUUCCAUCAACUGCGCGGACAUUUACCGGCACAACAUCGACUGCCAGUGGGUGGACAUCAGCGAGCUGGACACUGGCCUGUACACGCUGAAGGUGGCCAUCAAUCCGGAGUUCAAGGUGCCGGAAAUGAGCUACGACAACAAUGCGGCCAUUUGUUCGCUGCUGUACACGGAGACGUACGCCCGGGCGUUCGACUGCCGGAUGGUGCGACCCUAGGAGAGAGUGAGGAAGAGAAGUGUGGGGUGGGGCAAAUUGUG